AUGAAGUCUAUUGGCGAGAUGAUGGCUCGCUAUCAUCAAAAGAUGAAACCCGUCACCACAGUGGCUGAAACACCAUUUCAAAUUACGGAUGUUUUUCCUAAUAGUCAUGAUGGGCUUCCCUCUCAGGCCCUAGAUUCUCAAUACAACCUAGCCAACGGCUUGGAAACUACUGGAAACACUGUUCCAGCUGUCACAACUUCGUCAAUGGGAUUGCCUCAAUGUCCCGUUGCAACAUCGAAUCUGGCCUCUUCUCCGGUCUAUGCCGAACUCUGGCGAGAGACUUUGCGUGCCCUCUCCAGCCUCUUCAACAGUCCAUUUGCCGGCGCAUUUCUUUUUGAAGGUCUUCAACAACUGACGGCUUUCUCGAGUUCUAUAAAUGCCGUUGGUUCCGGGAUCAAUUCUGAUUACCUUUUUCAGCUAUUACAGCUAUCUAAGCCCCUCGUCCUUGAUUGCGAAAUCCCCUCACAAAAUUCACAAAAUUCUUUUUUUCAGGCUGAAACAGACCGAUCAUAUAGCAGUCUGCAGAAUAGAGAUGAGAAAGAGCGUUGGGGGAGAUACAAUCAUCCUCCAAGUUCGAGAUCCAAAGUUCAAUUAGAGAACACUGGGCGGAAGGAUAUCAAGGAGGCUGUCGUUCUCAGAGAUGAUGAAAUUAAGCUGAGUCGACAGCAGGCAGAUGAUCGUUUAACUCUUCUUGACUCAACCCCAAAUCUCGUAUGCUUGGAGAGGCAAAUGACCGCAGAGGAUCGCUUCUUCCUGUCUUUACUCUCUGGUUGCCUGGCAGAGGCUAUGAGUAUGCAAGUGAGUUUGCUUCUAAGUUGCCCAAUUUUCGUGCCUUCGAGUACACAUGCUAUGCAUUUACACGCUUCAAUCCGCAUGGAAUACUUUUCGGCUUUUUUAGACUCGUGCUUUAGAAUGGACUAA